UUGUGAGCGUGUGGUUAACACACGAAAAACAAGAAGCUUAUCCAUCCCCAGGUGCAGGUGGAGAGGAAGAAGGCACAUACAUGUUCCCACCACAUUCCUCUUUCUUCAUUGUUCAUUGAUUCAAUAAUUGUGCUUUUCAGCCAUUAAUUCGAACCUUGACUUUUGACUCUCCAAAACUGAAACAUGGUGCUGGUGGCGCGUGCCAUCUCCGGUCCGCAACUCCGACCAACCCUAGCCCCAAUUCCGGCGAAGCUUGUUCCAAUCCCGAAUACUAUCCGUUUCCUUCAAUCUCAAUGCAUAAGAACACCGAAACGCAACCUCUUCUGCCGUUGCGUUCCUUCUCCCUCUUUCUCUUCCCUCGAAGAUUGGGAUUGGAAUCGAUGGACCCGCCAUUUCUCCCAAAUCGAACACGCCGAGAGCUUCGCCUCUCUCCUUCAGUUUCAACUGGAGGAUGCAAUUGAGAGGGAGGAUUUUCGAGAAGCCGCUAGGGUGAAGAGGGCUAUAAACGAAGCUGCUUCGGAAGACACUGUUGCUGAGAUCAUGUCUCAAUUAAAGAAUGCCAUUGAUGAGGAACGUUAUCAUGAUGCUUCGAGAUUGUGUAGAUGCAGUGGAAGCGGUCUGAUCGGCUGGUGGGUAGGCUACACGAAAGAUUCAGAUGACCCCUUUGGUAGAAUAAUACAUGUAAGUCCUGGUAUGGGCAGAUUUGUCGGCAGGAGUUACAGUCCAAGGCAGUUGAUCACAGGAUCUCCUGGGACCCCAAUAUUUGAAAUUUAUGUGGUAAAAGAUGCUGAUAGCACAUACCAUAUGCAGGUAGUGUACUUGCGACAAGCUAAAGGGAAUUCAAUGAGUAGCCCUCCAUCUACAGUUGCUAAAAGCCCAUCCAAACCUGAGGUAGAGAAUACAUCUUCAGUUGAGAUGCAGGAAGACAAAGAGAAGGUUGAGAUAAAUGAUGAGAAAAACAGGAAUAUUGAGGGAACAACAGAAGAAGGCAUUAAAAGUGUAAUAAAUUUCCUUAAAGAAAAAAUUCCGGGAUUGAAGGUGAAAGUUAUGAACGUUAAUGUUGAGGAGGAAGGAGUGGAGGGUCAUGAUUCUAUUAAGCAAUUUAUGCAGGAAAGUAGUAAUAAAACCAGCUCCAGUGAGAAUCCUGGAGAGGAAAGUAAUGAUCUUGAUAAACCUGAUGAGAUCUCUUUCAAAGCAGAUAGUGAUGGUUCAGAAGAAAAGGAUUUGGAUAUGAAGCUUUUUAUUGGUGGUGUUGUACACAAUAAUGACGACACUCCUGCUAAGGAUGAAUAUAUUCGCCUACCAGCAGAAAUAGAAGAUAUGGAAAGAGAUUCUUUUCUCUUGCAUGUUCCUAGGGGCAAUCUUGAUUAUCAGGCUAGGGAACAGAAAUCGCCGAAUUCAAACAUGGCAGCUCUGGCAGCACAAGGAGUCCCGGAGCUUAUGCCUUCUGAUGUUGCCAAGGCAUUUUGGGCUUCCGACAAGGUCUCUUCCAAGGUUUCAAAAAGCAUACGUGAAAUUGUCAACCUUGCUAUCAAUCAAGCACAGAAAAAAAGAAGAUUAUCUGAGUAUACAUCAUUCAGUCGGAUUACCACAUCAAGAGGGGAUUUAGAUCCUUUUGAUGGUCUCUAUGUCGGUGCCUUUGGACCUUAUGGCACUGAAGUAGUUCAACUGAAGCGGAAAUUCGGACACUGGAAUGAUGUGGACAAUGAACACAACCCUUCAGAUGUGGAGUUCUUUGAAUAUGUAGAAGCAGUGAAAUUGACUGGCGAUCUUAAUGUUCCUGCUGGCCAGGUGACAUUCCGUGCAAAAAUUGGGAGAGGCAAUCGCAACACCAACCGUGGGCUGUAUCCCAAUGAAAUAGGAGUGGAUGCAAGUUACAAAGGCCAAGGGAGAAUUGCAGAUUUUGGUUUCCGAAAUCCAAAAUGGGUUGAUGGAGAAUUGCUCAUGCUUAAUGGCAAGGGCUUUGGACCUCAUACAAAAGGUGCAGAUAUCGCAUUUCUUUAUGUUGUGCCUGAACAGAGUUUUAUUGUGCUGUUCAACCGGUUGAAAUUACCAGAGUGAGCCAUUGUUCCCGGAUCCAGUCUGGUUCCUUUCUUUUAUGACGGUGAGCAGGCAUCACGGAUUCUGACAUCGGUAAAGAGAAUACUAUUUAUGACAUUUUGAGAUAAGAUGGUUUUCGCAGCAUGCAGGUGCUUGUAAUUUAUUCUUUUUAUUUCUCCCCUCCUUACUUCUGAAUCCUUUCACUAGUUCAUAAUUCUUUUUGUUCUUCUUCCAUUUUCAUUUCCUGUCACGUUGUGUAUAACCACUUUGCUAAUUGACAAGAUUGUUUUACAUUCUUUCCUCUGCAAAGGAGAAAGUAAAGAAAUAGUAAAAGUCAUAUAUUCUUCUCAUGCUUUCUUCAAGAGGAAAGAAUAUACUUAAUAGUAUGUUAGUCUCAUGAAGUGCCUCAGAUAAGUUUUAGUGAAAAGAUGCUUUUCAUUGGCUAUUGUAGGUAGAUAUUCCUGUAUAAACCUAUCUCUGCUUUUGGUUGUGGUGGGAGGAAGACAUAAAAAGAUGUCUUGUGAGAAGUAAGAGUAGCUUAUUCGUUUAGCUUGUUGCUUCCCAUGGUUGCGUUGCCAUAAUGCUGUAUUUAAAUAAAUGGAUAUCAUUAAAACGCGUAGGAGGAACCUUACCAAUAGGAGUUUGGUUAAGGUACGAAGGAACUUAUGUUAGCCCUUUCAUGAAGGAAAAUCUAGUGAGUAGUGACUAGUGACCUUUUUUUUUUUCUCUUCAUUAGAAAAACUUGUUGGCAUUUAAAUUGGACCCACUUUAGAUUUUCUUAAAAUAUGUUUUUGUAAAUCUUUUUUUGUCUUAUAUUAGCUGUCAGAAUAUUUGUGGACUUAACACAUUAUUGUAGCGAGAGAGGCAUUUUAUGGUACCUGGGACAGUCUCACUCAUUUCCCCAUUAUUGUCAUGUUACAUCAAUAAACCCUGAUUAGCCACA